AUGUCAGCCACCGAAUUAGAUGCAACUAUUGGAAGUACACUAAUUACACGAGUAACAGAUAAUACCGAUGUAACCAUUCGUUCCCUAUAUUCAAUACAACCUAUAGUUUUAAUAUUUUUUCGUCGAUUUGGCUGUCAACUAUGUCGUUCUUAUGCCCUAAAAUUAAGUAAUGAAUUGCAUCCAAUAUUAAAAAAGAACAAUGUUGGAUUUGUUGGUGUUGGUCUUGAAAAAUUUGGUUUAGAAGAAUUUCAAGCAGGAAAUUUUUUCUCUGGUGAUCUGUAUGUUGAUCAAGGAAAAAAAGCAUAUCAAAUAUUAGGCUUACCUUAUUUGGGUUGGAUUAAAGGUAUUACAGAUUUAUUUACGCAAUCAUCAAAAGCAUGGAUGGAUGAAACAAAGAAAAUGGGAGUUCAGGGAAAUUUAAGAGGAGAUGGAUUUCAAUUAGGUGCUACAUACAUUGUUGGACCAAAGGAUGGGAAAGUUUGGUUAGCUCAUCCUCAAAAGGAUUACGGUGAUCACCCAUCCAUUGAUUCAAUUAUUCAAGCUCUUCGAGACAAUAUACCUGAAUUUCGCGAAUAA